AUGUCGGAUGCAACCAGGAAGUCCGGGUCGCGGAUGUUGCGAACAACAGAUGAAGAUAGGCCAUUUACCAGAGAUUUCAAAGAUCUCUUCUCAACUCUCAUGGUUAGCCUUGAACUCGGUUCACGUCGAGUGCGAUUUACUAAGAUCGACUUUACCUUCACCGUGGAAGAAGCCUUAAACAACCUUAGCUCUCUUCGAUUCACUCAAUCCGCUCGCAUGCCUGAUCCCAAUGACGCCUCUCGCAUUAUCACUACGACUUCGACGACCACAUUCACAAUGGCAAAGGAAAUGGCACGCUCCAUAUUCCAGAACUUUAUACAAGCGCGAUUCUUGGAACCUCUAAACGCCACAUUUUCGAGUCUCAGUAAAGGCACAGUAUGUACAAUGACGGCCAAGGGAAUUGCAGUGCUGCACCGAUUUUGUAACCGGAACGGUAUCACUGCGCCGCAUGUAAUGAGAGUGUUACAGUCACCACGUAACAAGAUGACUCUUCUUAUUCUUGAACGCGAUCUUACAACGGACAAACUGGUGGUUGAUCGAGCGACCAUUGAAGUAAUAUUCCGUCGUUUUGCCGGUGUUCAGGCGCCCGGUGCGAUCAAUGGCUCACCAGCCUGGGAAGAUCGUACCGAUUACCCGAAUGGUCUUGUCGGCGUUGAGGGAAUGCAAGACAUUCGGGUAAACGGAUCAAAGUAUAAGUAUGCCUUCACCGGCAAGUCCGCUAUUAAUUGGCUCAUGGACUGUUGUACCACUAUUGACGAACGCGAGACGUACCGGGUCUGCGAGCAGUUCAUUGAGCACGGUCUAGUCAUUGGCGUCGUUGAGGACAAGUCUUAUAUUGAAGAAAACGGCCAGGCUGCUCUCAACUUUCAACCUACACGACAAGCCAUAUAUUCCCUCACGCCACGGGCUCUGAAAGUGUGCGGCUGGGCCGUAUCUGAUAGGCUAUCAGAUGAAAGCAUAAAUAGGAAGAGAGAAAGCAGGGCUGCCAAUAACUCUCCAGCUUCAUCCAAUCCGGCGAUACCGUCUGGUGCAACUGGUGAUGUCUCCAAUAAAUCGCGGUUGCAGUAUAUACUCAACGACCCUUCACUUCGUCUCCUGUUCCGCGAGUAUCUCGCUGCAUCAUUCUGUGAGGAGAAUUUAGCAUUCUAUCAGGAUGUGACGGAAUAUCUUGACAACUACAACAAAUCCAAGAUGUCGGAUGAGCUGAAGGAUUAUCACAAGCUGCAAGAUUAUAUUGCUGGCGUAUUUGGAUUAUACAACUCUUUCCUCGCGCCCGGAUCGCCGUGCGAGUUAAACAUUGAUCACGCUUUGCGAAAUCGUAUAUCCUCAGAAAUGACUGGACUGAGCGGAGAUGAGCAAAGAAUUGCCCGCAAUCUAGAUGAAGUCGUCAGUCUCUGUCAGCUUGCUCAGGUGACCAUUUUCAAGCUUAUGGCUAGUGACUCCGUUCCCAAGUUCUGCCGUCAGCCUAGGUACGCGGUCAUUCUGCAGGAACAUGAUUUUGAAACUAUUUCUGGAAAUGGCAGUCGUCCUGCUUCUCCAGUUAGUGCGCCGAUGAGGUCAGCAGAGCGAUAA